AUGAAGUUUCCACACCACCACAGGCUCCUAAACGUACAUCCAUCAUCCAAAGUAGUAGAGCCUGCACGAUCAACCAGCAUCUCUAGACAGAGCUACCGCGUCCAUGGCGGUUUCUUCACUCUCGCUGAGUUUGGUCCCAAGAACCUUCAAAGACAAGCUGAACGAGCCUCGUUGGAGCGAGUCGCCUCGAGCCAGCGAGCUUCCUCUUCAUCACGCCAUCGCAUGCUCGUGCGAUCGCACCACAGGCUUCGAUGAAGAAAUUUCAGGCAACUGCAAGAGAAGGCCUUUGCUCUUGGGCGUUGUUGGGUCGUUGACAGCGAGUUUAUUGCCUGCCAGUUCUCUUCUAGCUCAAGAAAUGCCAGCAAAUUAUCGGGCUUUUGUUGACCUUUCGGAUGGGUAUUCGUAUUAUUAUCCCUCGGAUUGGAGGGAAUUCGAUUUCCGGGGGCAUGAUUCUGCGUUCAAAGAUCGGUAUCUGCAGCUGCAGAAUGUGAGAGUCAGAUUCAUACCGACAGACAAGAAAGACAUCCAUGACAUGGGUCCGAUGGACGAGGUUGUCUCUAACUUGGUGAAGAAUAUAUACGCUACACCAAAUCAGAUAGCUAACAUUUUUGACACGCAGGAGAGAACUGUUGAUGGGAGGGACUAUUACACAUUUGAAUACGAGCUCAGAUCUCCAAAUUUCGCCAGUUGCUCUUUUGCAACCAUUGCAGUUGCGAACGGGAGAUUUUACACGCUGACCGUCGCAGCAAAUGAGAGAAGGUGGAGAAGAGUAAGGAACAAGCUUAAAGUAGUCGCAGACUCUUUUAAAGUGCUCGAUAUCUGAGUCGUUUGUGGAUGAAGCGUGCAUUUCACACGCCAUCCUAGAGUUGCGAUGUAUUUUUUCCUUGUUUAUAAAUGUGAUGCUUUGUCCCUGAGAUCGAGAUUUUUCCCUA